CUAAACAUAAAAGGAAAUUUUGAUUAAUAGUACUUUGAAAACCAAAUUUUGAGUUUGAUAAAUAAAAAUAUUGUUUACUUACAAAUAAAUAUUUUUAUCAAUUAUAUUGUAUUUUUAAUUUGCAUUUGUAAAGAUGGAAACUUUUAAAGCAAACGAUGCAAACCGGGACGAACUAAUAAUGCAGCAACAAAGAGAAAUUGAAAAGGAGAUAAGUGAUUCGACGCCUUUAGUCAGCGACCAGCUACCACUAACAUGCCUUAAAGCCGAAUAUAAUGGCGACGACAUUUUCACAGCCAAAAUUCAAGAUCUGGCGAAAAGGUAUAAAUAUAUGAGAAGAACUCGCCCAGAUGGUAACUGUUUCUUUCGAGCGUUCGCAUACUCUUAUCUAGAGUAUUUGACUUGCAACAGUCAUGCCUAUCAGGAGUUUCUCAGACUUGCCGAAGGGUCUAAAGAUAAAUUGAUUGAGCUUGGAUUUCCCAGUUUCACACUUGAAGAUUUUCAUGAGACUUUUAUGGAAGUGGUAAAACGGGUAUGUCCUAAAAGCUCUGCAGGGGCUUCGGAAAUAGUGCAAACCGAACUUCACAAGGUUUUCAACGAGCAGGGAUAUUCAGAUUAUGUGGUGGUUUACUUGCGUCUGAUUACGUCAGGACAGCUACAAGAGGAUGCAAAUUUUUAUCAAAAUUUUAUUGAAGGUAGUUUUACCAUUGAAGAGUUCCGGCAUCAGGAAGUUGAGCCGAUGUACAAAGAAUCGGAUCAUAUUCAUAUUAUUGCUCUUUGCACAGCAUUAAGUGCCGGAGUGCGUGUGGAAUAUUUGGAUAGAGGAGAAGGUGGCUCAGUGAAAACACACGAUUUUCCCGAGGGAACUGAUCCAAAAGUUUUUUUAAUUUAUAGGCCAGGCCACUAUGAUAUAUUAUACCCUAUAUAAAGUUUAUUGAAUAUGAAACUUGAUAUACAUACAAGAAACACAAACUGUGAGCCGAAAAAUCUACUCCCAUUAUUUUUUAAAUUUAGUAAUGUAUAUAAAUGUUUAUUAAACGUAACGAGUACAUUUGGUUUUAAUUACAUUGUAUGCUUUAUUAAAAUGCAGAAAUAUUGUAUAAAGCCCAAAA